AUGACCGUCAGCAAAGGGAUCACCACCAAAGAUCUAUAUAGGAUGCGCCGUAUCCUUUUCAUCGUGUCUGUCUUCUUGGCCCUGAUGGAGAGUACUACAGUGGCCACCCUCUGGCCUCCAACACCACGAUCGGGCGACGACCAACGGCGUCCGAAUACAAGGAUUAAGGGCACCUCCCAAUCGCAGUGUUUUGGCGGCUUCUCUUGCGGAUCUGUGGGACUCGCAGGGGCUUGCGAUCAUGAUCCUUUUGGUGGACUCUCCUCUUCUAACAUCCGAGAGCUGGGGCUUCGGUUCGGUGCUCGUAGUUUACUCUAUACAAACGGGUAUCGGUUCGGAUUGGCUAUGAUCUUUUGACAUCAGAGAUCUCUAAAAUUCUUGAGCAACUCGACUUAUUUUCUAUGUUGAUUUCCAUUACAGGUUAAUGGGACUUGG